UAACCCCACUAAAAUUGAACGAUGUUGUUCCGCUCCCUCACCAUACCAAAAGACGUUCACAUUUUCUCUCCCUUAUCUCUCUAAAUCCCGCCAUUCUCCCUUCCUCCAUUUCAACCCUAACUUAGAAAAUCUCUCUGCAAAGUGUGAAGACAUAGUGAACGAGUGGUGAAAUCAAUAACUUCAUCACGUGUUUCGUGCAGGUUAGACCACGUCGAUUGAUUCCAGGCCAACGACAUGCCGCUGCCCCCUCACUCCAUUCCAUUACCAUUGCCGAGAGCUCAAAGUUUUCUAUCUGUGAUCAUCUCCUUCCAUUGACUUCCAAUCUGUUGUGAGAAACCAUGGCCGAACUGAAUUUGGGGAGCGUUGUGGAUUCCAUCACUGGGCAGCUAGUUUCCCUUGUCUCCCAGGAGAUUGGAUUGGAAUGUGGUGUCAAAGUGAGCUCCGGAAACUCCAGGAUACCAUUGCUGCUAUCAGUGCCCUGCUUCGUGAGGCAGAAAAAAGACAAGUCGAGGCUGAGGAUGUGAAGGACUGGCUCAAAAAGUUGAAAGAUGUUGUUUACGAUGCUGAUGACCUGCUCGAUGACUUCUCCACGGAGGCCCUGCGACGUCGAAGAGUGACGGGAAGAGGUAAGCGGAUCCUCAAUGAGGUGCAUAUAUUCUUCUCCUCGUCUAACCAGCUGAUUUAUGCCAGUAAGAUGGCUCAUCGAGUCAUGGAGAUCAGGGGGAGGAUUGAUGCCAUUAAGAGUGAUAAGUUCGAUUACAAUGUCAGCAGAAGCAAUAAUCUUGGGAGUUUCGUGGAGAACCGACCUAGACCGCAAACCUAUCCGUUCGACUCGGAACCAUAUGUGAUUGGAAGAGAAAAUGACAAGAAGCAGGUUGUCCAGUUCUUGCUCAAUCCUGAUUUUGAGGAGAAUGUUUCCAUUCUCGCAAUAGUAGGUGUUGGAGGCUUAGGGAAGACAACUUUAGCAAGACUCGUAUUCAACGAUGAAAGCAUCCAGAAAUAUUUUGAGCUGAAGCUCUGGGUUUGUGUAUCAACCAAUUUCUGUGUGGAGGAUAUUCUAAGAAAGAUAAAACGGGAAUGUACUUCUGGAAAAGAUCUCACGAGUAUGAAUGCUGUGGGCUCGCAAAAUGUGCUGGGAGAAGAGCUACAUAAAAAGAAGUAUCUACUCGUGCUAGACGAUGUAUGGAAUGAAAAUCGGUAUGAGUGGUUGAAACUGGAAGGAUUACUUGUGAAUAGUGCAAGAGGAAGUAAGAUAUUGGUGACUGCUCGUUCUCGCCGUGUGGCCACAACUAUGACUCGAACCUUUCAUGAAUUGAGCGGCUUGCCUGAGCAUGACUCGCUCACACUGCUAAUGCGGAUGGCAAUGAAGCAUGAACAUGAGUUGAGGAAUCAGAAAUUGGACGCAAUCGCGAAAGAAAUUCUGAAGAAAUGUGCCGGAGUUCCUCUUGCAAUUAUGACCAUUGGUCGAUUGUUAUUGUUCUUAAGUAAUAACGAAGAGGAAUGGUUGAACUUUAACAAUAAUGAUUUAUCGAGAAUAGACCAAAAGGAAGGUGACAUCAUGCCAUCGCUUAAGCUGAGCUAUGAUUUUCUGCCAUCGCAUUUGAAACAAUGUUUUGCUUACUGCAGCCUGUUUCCAAAAGAUUAUGAGCUGGAUCCACUUGAGCUCAUUUAUCUUUGGAUGGCACAAGGGUUUAUCAGACCCCUAGACAAUAAGAAAACCGUCGAAGAAGUAGGUUAUGAUUAUUUCAUGGAGCUGCUUUCGAGAUCCUUUUUCCAGGACAUCCAAGAAGAUCAUUAUGGGAACAUUGUGAGAUGCAAGAUGCAUGAUUUGAUGCAUGACCUUGCAGAGUCAGUUGCCGGAGAUAUUUGUAUCACCAUUGAUAGCUCACAUGCGAAAAGCUUUCCAAAAGGUGCCCGCCAUGUAUCUAUUACGUUUGAUUUGGACGAGAUUAAAGGGUUUGAGAGAGACCAAAGAAUAAGGUCCCUGUUUCUUAUGGUUGAAAAGAGAAUUCUGAUUGCUCAUCUAGAGGUUUCAUAUUUUAGAAAUCUUCGUGCGCUACGUAUUCGUGCUGUCAACAUAAAGGCGAUAUCAAAGUCUAUCAGUAAACUGAAGCAUUUGAGGAGCCUUGAUCUCUCAGAGAAUAAGGAGUUAACUUCUCUUCCAAAUUCUAUUAGCAGGUUGUGCAACUUGGAGAUCCUUAAUCUUAGUAGUUGUCACAAGCUAAAAGGAUUACCAAGAGGCAUUACAAAGUUGGUCAAUUUAAGGCAGCUUGAUCUGAUUGAUUGUUAUGCGUUAACACAUAUGCCAAGGGGGAUUGGGAAGUUGACUAGUCUGCAAAUGUUGAAUGUAUUCGUGGUGGGGAAGAAAUCGAACAGAAAUGCUGCAAGGUUGAAUGAGUUGAGCAGACUUGCCGGAAUAUUAUUGAGGAAUAAAGGACUGAUUAUUGAAGGCUUGGAAAAUGUGGAAAGUAUUUCGAGCGAGGUGGAUGCUUCCUUCUCAAUGGAGAAGCUUGCUAUUCAAAAGUUGGGACUACAUUGGUGCCCUGAUGAAGUUAGGGCCAAUGCAGAAGAGGUUUUACAGAGACUGCGACCCCAUCGAGAUAUUAGAGGAUUGGAUAUAUUAGGAUAUGAUGGUGUCAGGCUUCCAUCCUGGCUUUCUCAACUGCAUGAUCUUGUCGAGAUUCGGAUUUUUGUUUGUCAACAAUGCAACCAUCUACCACCUCUGGAUCAUCUCCCUUUCCUUAAAAAAAUCUGCUUAGAUUCUUUGGAUAAUUUGGAGUGUGUAGAAUUAUCGGAGAGUAGUGGGACACUGCAGUCUUUCUAUCCAUCCUUAAAGGAAAUAGAGCUGUAUAAUUUGGAUAAAUUCAAGGGAUGGGAGAGGAGAAGCAGGAGGGACAACAGAAUUGAACAAGAAGAAGAUAUUCGGGAGGAGGAGGAGGAGGAUCAUUCUUCUUCAUAUAUGCUCUGCAAGUUUGUUGACAAUGUCAAAAUUGAUAUAGAUAGCUGCCCAAAAUUCUCUUACAUGCAAGGUGAACAGCUACACGUGUCGGUCACCACGAUCAAACUUCUGGAACAGUUGUUGAGGAAUGCUGCAGACCACUCCGAUCCACAACCCGGCCACCACCCCACAAAUUUACCCUCGUUGGCAGUGCCAAAUCCAUCCACAUCAAAGAUGACGUUCAUCUCCAUAACUUCUAUUCCUGUCUCCGCUCUAACGUCACUUGCCAUCGAUAGCAUGAAUGAUGCGGACCACUUGCCGAUGGAGUUGUUUCAGUCCGUCCCGUCUCUCAAGUCUCUUGCCAUCAGUAAUUGGUCUCGCCUGAAAGCUCUCUCUGGGAGGGCGAUCCUUCGGUACCUACCCGCCCUCGAGAAGCUGGAAAUAUAUAACUGUGAAGAGCUUGAUUUAUCAACUGAGGAUGACGAUGAAGAUGAUGGUUGCGGUGGUGGUGAAGGCAUGCACCAAUUACAGGGCGGCCAUAAGCUUCGCCAAAUUACGAUAACCGAAGUUCACAAGACGAGGUCUUUGCCUGGGUGGUUCCAGUACCUCCCCAACCUCCAAGAAUUAACGAUUGAAACUUGCUUUGGCUUGAAGUCUCUGCCCAGAAGACUGUUUCUUCCGCUUCUCACCACCCUCGAGUCGUUGUCGCUAUGUGACUGUCCAGAACUUGACUUGUCGAGGACAGGGGAGUCGGGAGAUCAACAAGACAUGUCUAAUUUGCAAUUCGCUAAGCUCCGAGACUUGUCAUUCUGGGGGGAAAAAAUGGAGACUCUCCCGUGGUGGAUUCAGCACCUCACUAACCUUGAAAGUCUAUCCAUCAGAAGGUGCACCGAUCUAAAGGCUAUGCCUGAGUGGUUUCCCCAGCUCACCUCACUCCAAUAUCUUGAAGUUUACGGAUGUGAGAAGGAGCUGACGAGAAGGUGCAAAAGGAAAACCGGAGAGGACUGGCCUAAGAUUUCUCACAUCCCACGCCUAUACGUUGUCUGAAGUGGAGUGAGAUUCGCACUGAAGCUGAAGCUCUCAAGCUGCCGAGAGAUGUCGAGUGUCAAAGUUCACCUUUUUCUACGGGAAAAAGUUAAGAGACUCCUUUGCCCUUGUCAAUGAAGCCUUUUCUCGUUCCUCUGUGAGGUUUCAUUGAAUUUAAACAGCACGGUAAUUCCUGUAAGCAGUGGAGAUAUCAUUCUAUCACCAGCUCAGAUGCCCAUUUUUGUAGAUUUUUUUUGCAACUUCCAAACUUCAGCAUAUAUGAAAAGUUGGACAUGUCCCAUCUUAAAGUCAGCAUCUCCAGUUCUGAAGGCACCAGCUUGCCCAACCUGUCAGAGUCCAUGAUUGAAACCGCCAUUCCGAAACUUAUGCAUAUAUAUGAAUGGAUGCUCAAACAAAAAGACUCUAGUAACACUGCAUGGAGCCUCCAUUACAGGAUGAUUCGAGAGGCUUGUAUCUCAAUUUGGGAUUGGCGGCAGGUCCCUUAAAUUAAUCUCGUACAUUUUGAAUCCUUUAGAGAGAAGUGGCUUGGUUUGGCUCGGUAUUGGGUUCAUCUCCUUAACCCCUUCUUUGCGGGUUAAUGCUACAAUCAACAUCUGCAACGUUCCCGAACUAAUAGAUAUACUGUUGAUUCAGUACCUUUUAGAAGUCCUGCUGUGCUAAAUCUGAUUUUACAGAAUUUCCCCAAGGACCAUCUUGACAUCUGCUCCCCACUGCCACAACCAUGUGAGCCCAUGAAGGAUCAAAACAGGAUCAAAAGAGUAGUAGUGUGACUGAUAAAUUCUGAAGCAGGUAAGGCUUCUUCUUCAAUGGUCUUAUAUAAAUUCUUCAGACCGAGUUUUUUGUCCGUAGCUGAUAAUCUUAUGGCCAGUAGAAGGCAAUUUUAUCAUUCUUUUGGCUUUCAUUUUCUGACAAAGGAAAAAAAAAUCUCGCUAGUUGUUGGCCUCUGGUGUUCGUGGAGACAAAAGCUAGCAUGAUUCCCCAAACUUGACUGCUCGACGUAAAAGGAGAUCUAUUAAAUGCAAUAGAUGUGAUAUAUCAUAUUUCAUCUUUGCCUGGAGCAGUCCAGCUCUUUGUAGGAGUGUAAACCCAGAACCGAGGCACGCUCAUUUGAAGAGAUUGCUAAACGGUGGAAUCAAGAAGCACUGCAGACCUUGAUAUGGGGUUCGUUGAAGAGUUUUCUCCUGCACCAACUAGUCCCUCCUUGUACAAUUCCUGUUCUGUUUUGGAUCUUAUAUUUCCUCUUUGCUAGGAUGCAGUUCUGCUAUGCUCUCAAUGCCGUUCGUAUGCGCCAUUAGCAGCUCUAUCAUCCUUCCCCUUGAAAGAAGAUAACUGUUCCGAGUUGUCAGCAGCAGAACCGUGAAUUCAAAUUCAGAGACUACAAAGUGCUUUCAGUUAUACAGUGAAACAGGUGCAGAAGCCCGUCAUGAAUGUUUCUUGCCAAGAGCUUUCCCAUUGAAUUUUGCCAGAGUCUCCAGCAUGUCUGAUAUCGUAACAAGAUACAUCUAACUUAAAAUUGCCUCUCCUGACCAUUCGUCCAUCAUGAAUAUCGGUAUUGUGGGGGAAGUUUAUGGAAUGCAUGCUCAAGUAUUAUGCAUGACAAGCACUGCAUGGAGACCCCUCGAAUGUCAUUAAUCCAAUCAUUGUUUGUGACCCGAGAAAUAGACAAGUAUACUUCGUAUAUUCUCGAGAUCAUUUUACCUCAACCUCACAAUGUCAACUUGUCAGUCCAGUUUCUGAAAGUGGGAGAGAUGAAAGCAUCUUAAUGUGAGGCUUGGCGCUGUGGAGUGCCACAUCUGUCUGCCUGGAUUGGAGGGAGCUAUAAGUUUCCAGGAUUUCAGAUCUACGCCAAGUUGCAUUUGGGCGGAUAGUAUUGCAUGGUUGCUCGUGAUCUGUGAAAACAUGCAAAACUCGCCGAUCCAGAUGCCCUACUAGCCCUCCGUGCUCUGAAUCCCUGCACCAGUUAGACCUCCAUGCAUUUCUACUGCACCAGAAAUUCAGACCCAAGGGACUCGAGAAACAACAGACUCCAGCUAUUCUGAGAUAGUGUUAUGAGGCAUUGCUCAGCUGCAGAAUCAAGAAGCACUGCAGGUUGCACGAUAUGGGUUCGUCGAGGAGUUUUCUCCUGAACCUUUUCUGCCUACACAAUUAGUUCCUCCCUGUGCAGUUCCUGUUCUGCUUUGGAUCUUAUAUUCCCUCUUUGCACUCCUAUGGCUUCCGGUGUCUCCGAUUUCAGUGAUUCAAUGAAACAAGUGCACAAGCCCUUUCCUUUCCGAGAGCCUCCAUUUAGAUUUUGCUGAAGUGGGCAAUUAUCAGGAGGACAGUAUACUUCCUGUUCUCUAGAUUAUUUUACCGCAACCUCAUAAAGUCAUCUUCUCAGUCCAGUUUCCGAAAGAGGGAGAGCUUUGUCACUUGUUUGGUGACUAGAGUUGUUUAGUCAUUGCCCUUGUCAAUGGCUCAUGUCCUGAAGGCACCAGUUGAGGUAUUUGAUGUUUCAUCUUUAUCCGGGGGAGACAUUUGGAAGGCAUUCCAUCUUAAUGUGAGGCAUAGAGCUGCGGAGUGCAACAUCUGUCUGUACGGAGGGAGCUAUAAGUUUCCAGGAUUUUGGAUCUACGCCAAGUCACAUUCUAGACUGGAUAGUAUUGCAUGGUCGCUUGGGAUCUGAGAGAACAUGCAACUCGCGGAAGACACCAAUUCCAUGCAUUUUUCUCACUGCCAUCCUGAUAUGCUGCUAGCACUCCGUGCUUUAAAAGGAGAAAACUGUUCGAAGCUGUCUGCUGCAUGAGAAUCCUUGUACCGGUUACUCAUCCAUGCAUUGAUGCUGCAUGAGAAGCUCAGACCCAAGGGACUUGAGAAACAACAGUCUCCAGCUAGUCCGAUAUACUGUAAUGAGCCAAACUUAUUGGAUGGAUGCAUCUGUACUUACUAGAUGCAACACACACUGCAUGGAGCUUCUGUCACCAGAUGAUUCACAAAGCUAGACUUGAAAGUUAGCAUGAGCAGGAUUAAUUUGGGAUCGGGUGACAGGGUCCUUGAAUUAAAUCACGCAUCUCGCCUUGGUGUCUUGGUGGUCUAAGAGUGAGUUUUUAGUUCAGGACUUUGCUCCUUAACCUUUGCUUGCCGGGUUCACACACAAGCCUCCCAUGAGCCAUUCUGGACGUCACAGAAAUUGAUCCCAACAACCAAGUACGGCCUGCCUUUCCCAUUCUGUACUGUUCUUGAGAUCAUUCAGCGUUCUCCUGCAUUUCAUAACUAGCAACCUGUGGCCAAAAGGAAGAAGGGCUACCCAUUCCAGAGUUUUUUCCUCAAAGAUUUUCAUAAAUGCUCUCUUCACCUUCCACAUGUGAACUCGUUUAAGAAUUUGCCCACUCAUCCUCUAUUCCCCUCUCUCCAAACCAUUCCAUCAUCCCAUGUAGAUCAAUUGCGCUCGUGUUUCUUUGAUCAAUGGAAAUGGCAAGGCAGUAGUUCUGCAUCAGAGUCUCGGAGUAUGCACCGAAAUCGAGGGUGAAGUGUUGUUAUUACGAACUGGUUUCACUUUUGCUGAAGUUUCCUUGUCUAUCAUAUCAAAUCCAAAUGAGCUAUUAUCAGGAGUUUAGAACUGUCUCUCAAUGUUGUCUCUCAACAGUUCCUCGAGGACUCCUCUAGUAAUUCUGUGUGUGUCAAGAGUAUAUUAGUAGUAUAACCCCUUCACAAGCAUUACUUGGUCCUUACAUGACUGCGAGGAAGAAGUAAUUGGUAUUUUUUGUUUCGGCCUAUAUUUUCUUCAGCAGCAACCACCGAGUAUGGAAGAAUUGGCGAAGAAGAUGGUUGAUUUUUCUGUAUGUACGUAUAAUCUUGAGUCUUGAACUCAAGCUAAUGACAGCAUUGCGAGAACCAGUGCUUAAGACUUGUAUGGGCAGUCUUUCCAAUAACUGCUUUGCUGAUCUCUGUAAAUGGUGCAGAAUGAAUUAUGAAAUGGUUACUUACCCGCAGGGUUCCAAACGUA